AUGACUACGAACACUAUAGAAAUCAAAACCACCAUCGAUGACCUCCGGAUUCGCGGCCAAUAUGCCCAAGCCCACGAAUUCAUUUGCAGCCUCCCACCUAAGGUUUGUGCCAUCCCUUCUGUCGCGAUCGAUAUCAUUCAAUUACAUCUGGUCCAAGGGCAUGAUGCACUCGCUGCCGAAGCUUGCGUCAUAGCACGAAAGCCAUUGUUUGUGAACGCAAGCGAUUUAGAACAUUCAGCCUUCACCAAGGAGAUCUUUGAUGUGGAUUCCGUCUGUAUUGAGCUUCUUACCGCAUAUGCCCAUAUGCGCCGAUUCUGCGAGCUUAAAGCUGCCAAGGUGAUCACUGAACGCAUUCAUGGUGUUUGGCUUGGCACUCAAGGGGUGGAAAACUUAGACCUGCUGGAAGAAAGUACUAUCCAGGCCGGAACUAACUGUCUUGAAAGCAUCGAGCAGCAGCGUAAGGAACUAUACUCUAAGUCCAAUAUCGAAUCUGAGACCGAUGGCAUUGAUAUUCAGGAAUCCCGAGUUCUUCUCGAGUUUUGGUAUCUAAAAAUUAGACUUGUACUCGCAGAUCAGUCUCUUCUGGAUAAGGAGACGGCUUGUUCGGAGGCCGCAGCCAGCCUCGAUACGUUACGAUUCUGGUGCGAAAGGCGCGGGCGCAUGAGGGAAGCUCGGCACAUUACCUAUAUGCGCCAAGGGCUUUUUGAUAACAUUGAAGAUGAGAUCAAUAUCUUAGAAACCUUCCUUGGGAAGCUAGACGAAGAGCGCUAUCCCAUAGAAAAGGCACUGACGCACCUUGAUCUGGUCUUUUGUCUAUCCAAAGCAGCAGAUUCGGAUCCUGUCACUCUGGAACAACACUCUCAUUAUCAAGAGGCUGAACGGCUCUUCAAAGCCACGGACCAUGGAUUUGGGCAUAUCGACCUCAUGGAUGCUCGCCUAGAAGCCAAGAAGGACAUGGAUCGAAAGACCCGGCUUCAGUGUAAAGAUAUUCUGGCGAAGAUGUACCGAGAUGCCGGAUGCUAUAUGAAAGCGAUUAGGUGUCUCGUUCUUUCCAUUAACUCGGGCCUAGACGAAGGUGGUCACCUGCAAACAUUGAAAAACAUUGAGACCAUCCUCACGGAAGUUGAGAGGCUUGGGUCUAAUAUGGUCAAAGAAAGCAUGCUAAUCCAGCUCAUUGCACCCGCCAUUAUCCGAUCGUCAGAGAGUGGUUGGGCGCUAGACAUCUUGAAAGUGUAUUUUGCUACACCGACUGUGUCAAUGAGUGUAAAACACCACGGACUGCUGAUGACCUGCUUUGCUUUCGCCCAAUACAAUAGUGGAAACCACCACCUUGCAGUUGAGCACGCACGGAAAGCCUUCAAUAUUGCUCUUACUGGCCACUCUUAUGUUGACCAAUCUGAUGCUGCCUACGUCCUUGCCCAUAUCCUUUCAAAGGAUGUCCAAAGGCAGACUUUGGUUUCUGAAGAAGUUAAGACACGGUGCCUAGAAGCCCGGGAGCUUAUCCAAGUCUGGGUCGAGAAGGACCGCUUGAAGAGUUACGAUUCCGGUGAGCGGGAUAAAUGCCUGCAACUUGCGGGUUUGGAGGAAUGUCUUGGCAUAUUCUCUGAUGUCGAUGAUGCUCAUACUCGGUCACAAGAGUGGAUGGAACGCUCAAUGCGAUGUGGCAAUGACACUGGUGUUCUCGUCCAUUCCGAAUUAAUCACAGACUUAAAACUUAACCAGCAGGUCACCCAAGGAUAUUAUGAACAAGCACUGAAGACCGCCUUGGACGCCUACAAAGCGUGUGAAGAAAAUUCAACCACAACCCCUUUCGUCCGUGCUCAAUGCGCGAUGCGGUUAUCCAACCAGUAUCGUACACAAGUCCAUAUAGGAAUUGGCCAAGCUAGAGAGAACAGCAAUCCUGAUUGGAGCCCAAUCAUUCGAAGUAUACUAGAAGCACUCAAGCACGCUUGGGAAGCUGUUCAAAUCUUCCAAUCAUCCUAUGGGGCAGCAAUACCGCCAUUGCUUCUAGCAACGGAAUGCAUGAACAGUGCAGUGGACGACUACACAACCUUCUUGCCUCAACAAGGAAAAGACUUCCUCAAGACGUAUCUGCCAGAAAUUGAAAAGACGGAGAAACUGUAUGAUGACAUGAGACGCAAUACCUCAAUGCAAAGCGGCCCAAUUCAGUCACUGACCUACAAACGAAAUGUCACGUCCGCUGAUAAUACGGCGAAGUUGUACACCUUCACAGCCCAGGGCUACCUGAUGCUUGAUGAUCCUGAGGCCGCGUGGAGAUGGAUGCAAAAGGGGAAGGCGAGGGCCUUGUCCGAUAUCUUCGGAAGUCGUGCCCUCGUUCCAAAUAGCUUGAUGGAUGAAAUCGGGGGCGACGACGACUCUCAUGCGCUUUUCAAGCAGGAGAAGGCACUAACAGAAGCUAUUCCCCAUGCUUCCCCUCAGGAUUACAUUAUCCUGGCACGCAAAUUGGAGGAGUUACGUUCCUCUAUGAGAAAAUUACCACUUCUCAAACAGUUACUCGGCAUCCGGGAAGGAGCUCUCAACUUGGAUUUAGGGCAACGCUUGCUUGCACCUAUUGAUCCCACACAUUCAAACUUGAGUCAUGGAAAGGUAGCAUAUGUUGACUGGUUUCUUCCCAAACUAUGGAACAGUUACAAUGACAAGAUCAUGAUGUUCGUGAGACGACAGGGCGACAAGGUCCAUGUCUUUGAGCUUCCCAUCCUGCUAUCAGAAGUACAGAUACUCUUAGAGGAGGCGUACAGGGUGACUAGAGAGGAACAGCGCUUGCGGAAAGGAGAUGGUAAUCGCUUCCUCGCCCGGUUCAGUCCGCUACUUGCUGGAAUUGAAGACACCACAUCGGAGAAUGAGCUCCUGGUUUUGUCUCCUUCGGGUCCCUUAAACAAAGUUCCCUUCCACGCCAUAUCCAUCGGUCAAUCCAAGCGCAGACUUAUAGAGAGAAACCCCAUCAUUUAUUCGUCCAGUGCUGCAAUCCUCCAACAAUGCUACCACCGUGCAACCGCUCAGGCUUCCAAGGCGCCCAGUUUAAAAAGCACCAAAGCAGAAUUCUUCGGUGUCUACGAAGAGGAGGAAUUCCAAGAGGAGCAGCAGAGCAUUUUUGAAUCCAUCGACCUUCUCAGUCGCCAGUUCCCCGGCGGCGAAGCUGUAAAAGGCGCCGAAGUAACCAAGCCGGAGUUCGUCAGACGAAGCAAAGACGCGAGCUGGGUUCAUUACCACGGCCAUGCAGUCUAUUCCAAAACCGACGUCCUCAAAUCAGGUCUCAUUCUUAGCAACGGGACGGAAAACCCCAGGUCUAGCACAGAGUCCGGCAUCCAGGCUGAGGGAUGUGGCCCUGACGAUCUCUCGGUCCCAGAAGCCUUUGACUUAAACAUGAUCGAUAGCGCACCCCAUCACACCAUCAUAGCGUGCGACUCUGGCACGCAAGACAUCGCACCGGGGGAUGAACCCUUAGGAUUGAUUCCAGCCUUGCUAUUUGCUGGUGCAACGUCUGUACUAGGUUGUAUGUGGCCGACACCAAGUCAUGCUGGAAGGUUAUUUUCCGAGUUGUUCUAUUGCGAUCUAAGCGAACAGCGGAAUACGAUGGACGUUGAUGGAGAAAUGGUUUGUAUGCUGAACUUGGCGGAAGCAUUGAGAAGGGCUGUUUGCCAGAUGAUGAACAAGGAAGGGACGAAGGCGCCGUAUUACUGGGCCCCGUUUGUGCUAUAUGGAGCUUGGUUUCGUGUUGCAUGA